UAAUGCUAUCCCCACAAGCAUUAUCAUAACUACUUUAGUUUAUGUGAGGGAUAACCAAUUUCGCAACUGCAAAUCUUCACCAUUAUCAUUGGAGCUUUCCCACAAGCAUCGCCAUGGCAGAAAACAUAAUUUCUCCAUAUGGUAUCAACAUCUCCAUAGUUGGAUUACUCUUUCUCUUCCCUAUUCUCGUCUUCUCAUAUUAUAUUAUUCUAAUUCUCAAGAACAAAGCUACAAUAUCACCUCAUAAACUACGAUCGCAACCCCCUGAAGUAUCCGGCGGAUGGCCGAUCAUUGGCCAUCUACUCCUCCUCAGAACUCACUCUCUGCUCCCCCACCAAACCCUUGGAGCAUUGGCCGACAAAUAUGGCCCGAUAUUCCUAAUCCGACUCGGCGUCCAUCCAACUCUGGUCAUAAGCAAUUGGGAAAUCGCCAAAGAAUGCUACACAACUCUUGAUUCAAUCGUCUCGUUCCGACCCAAGACUUUAAUUCAAAAGGAAUUAGGCUACAACUUCGCCGGGUUUGGGUUCAGGCCAAAUUACGAUGCUUUUUACCGAAACAUGCGUAAAAUGGCAGUCUCAGAAGUGCUUUCGAAUCGCCGUCUGGAAGUACAGAGAGACGUGAGAAUUCAUGAGGUGAACAGAGGAUUGAAGGGGAUAUACAACUCAUGGACAGAGUGCAGAAAUGGGGAUUUAAUUGCUGUUGAUUUGGAUGAGUGGAUUGGGAAUAUUAACUUGAAUGUGAUUUUGAGGAUGGUUUGUGGAAAGCGGAUGGCUGGGGGGUUGCAGAUGGAACAAUGUCGGAAAGCGAUGAGGGGGUUUUUUGAAUUGGCGGGUCAGGUUACAGUGGGAGAUGCGAUUCCUUUUCUAAAAUGUUUGGAUUUGGGUGGUUAUUUGAAGGCCACUAAGAAAGUUUGUAAAGAAUUGGAUUGUAUCAUGGAGGAAUGGCUUGAAGAACAUCGUCAGAAGAAGGGAGACGCCGGCGCCAGUGCCGGUGCCACGGAGGAGAGUCUCAUGGGUUUGAUGCCUUCGCUUCUUGAAGGGAUGGAGCUUGGUGGGUACGACGCUGAUACUGUCAUCAAAGCCACUUGCUUGACACUUAUUUCUGGAGGAACAGAUACAAUGACGGUAACUAUAACAUGGGCAAUCUCAUUAUUACUUAACAACCAAGAGGCAUUAAGAAGAGUACAAGAGGAGCUAGACAUCCAUGUUGGAAGCGAAAGACUAGUGGAUGAAUUAGACAUAAACAAGCUAGUAUAUCUCCAAGCCGUAAUCAAAGAGACAUUAAGAUUGUACCCAGCAGGGCCAUUGUCAGGGGCUCGCGAGGUAAGCGAGGAUUGCACAAUUGGAGGCUACAAUGUUGCGUCGGGGACACACCUUAUCACAAACAUUUGGAAGAUUCACAGGGACCCUCGAGUUUGGAGAGAGCCUUCAGAGUUCAAACCGGAGAGGUUUCUUAGUAGCGAUAACUAUGACCAUAUGGAUGUGAAGGGCCAACAUUUUGAAUUGUCUCCGUUUGGUUACGGAAGAAGGGUCUGCCCUGGGUUAGGCUUUAGCCUUAUAAUGACGCCAUUGGUGUUAGCUAGUUUGAUUCAUUCGUUUGAUGUUACAACUCAUGAUGAUGAACCAGUGGACAUGGCUGCGAAACUUGGGCUCACCAUGCGCAGAGUCAAACCUCUUCAUGUUCUCGUCAAGCCGCGUCUCCUAGCUACUGCUUAUGCAUAAUCUCAGGCAACUACGUACUCCUUUUUUUUAGUUAUAAUGGUUUUAAGAAACUUGUACUGCUGUUGUAGUCUUUAUGCGUCUCCUUCAACUGCAAAGGAAAAGGUUUUAGAAGUAUUUUUUAAAAGAAAAUUUGACCACAAGUCAACCUAUAGUUGAUCAAUAAUUGUAUGAGACAACUUAGAAUAUAAUCAAGUAAUUUUCUUGUAAUAAAGUCAGUAUUAUUUAUGAGA